ACGGUGACUGAGUACAACCCCUACGCCUCUGAUGGCGCGUGGUACCUCAAGCGCUACCGCCGAGGGAAGUACCGGUCACUGCACUAUCUGUACCACAUUGUGGCCACCAACAGCACUGUGACUAUGGGCCGCGCUUCGUAUGGUGUGUUGAUGCAUGCCUAUCUGUGGUUGAGGAUGUAUUUGUGGUGCUGGUUUGAGUAG